AUGGGUCUUGACAAGUCUAUCUGGGAUAAGGAGAUCGAAACUCCUGUAGGUGUGGUUGAGUACGUAGACCAAGCUGUCCGAGCACUGCUGCCCAAGGGAGCCGCGGUAUUGGGUAUAUGCGCGAUUGAAGGCUCCUAUUGGGCUAGACUUGGCCGAAUAGAUACAACUAAUGCCCAUGGCGAAAGAGAGUCGUUCUUCUUGAAGGUUCAUCAAGGCGAUGUUGGUAAGCGAAUUGUGUCCGGCGAGUAUCUAGGCAUCGGCACACUUCGAGACGUGAUUCCCGACAUGGUGCCAGAAUUGAUCGGCUGGGGCACAUACCAAGAGACCCCCGACACACACUUUCUGCUCAGUCGCUUUAUUGAGAUGACGGGCGACAUACCAACCGUUUCCAAUUUCCCAGCGCGGGUGGCCGAGUUGCACAAGAAAGGAAUCUCUCCUGAUGGCAAGUUUGGAUUCCCGCACCUGCUGCACGGCGGCAUGAAUCCUCUCCCAACACCCUCUUGCGACACUUGGGAAGAGUGCUUUACCGAAAUGAUCAAAUUCAACAUGGCCAAGGAUGAAGCUAUGCACGGCGUUGACGCCGAGAUGACGGAGCUGGAAAUGGCAAUUGUGGAAAAGGUCAUCCCGAGACUUUUGCGUCCCUUGAAUAUCACACCGCGGCUAGUGCAUGGAGACCUGUGGGACGGCAAUGCGUCAGUUGACAAGAGUAAUGGAAGACCGGUUAUCUUCGAUCCGCUGUGUCUUUAUGCCCACAAUGAGUUUGAACUCGCCCCGUGGAAAGCGGCUCGCCAUGAGAUGACGAGUGAGUACGUGAAGGAGUACACGAAACACUUCCGAGCCUCAGAGCCAGUGGAUGAUUUCGAAGACCGUACCCUGUUGUAUUUCCUUCGUUUUGAUCUACUUUCAUCUUCGUUGUACCCCGGCAACUUAAAGUUCCGACAGGGGUGCAAGGAAACAAUGCGCUACCUUGUUGGUAAGUAUGGCGACGGCUUCGAGGGGUAUUUGAAAGAAUUGCAGAAAGGAAAUGAUGAAUCCGUCGAGGAAGGAGACUUGACUACAGCGAUUGAAACUAGAUCAUAUGUGUACGCAUAA